AUGUCUUUCCUUCAUAAUCAUUCUUGUGAGUGCGUUAAGUCAGAAUUGGAUUUGUUUGCACUACCGUCUACACAAACUAGCAUUGAAAAUGGAUUGUGGAUUCAUUAUAAACCAAUUUCAUCUCUUGGUGAUGAUGGACCUAUCGAGUUUCAAGUUCCUGGGACCGGCGAUGACUACAUAGAUUUGUCUCAUACAUUACUCCACAUAAAGGCAAAAGUAUUAAAUCAAGAUUCAACUAACUUGGUAUCUACUACAAUAGUAGCACCUGUAAAUAAUUGGCUGCAUUCACUUUUUAGUCAACUUGAUGUUUAUUUAAACCAAAAACUUGUAUCACCACCUAAUAAUACCUAUGCAUAUCGAGCAUACAUGGAAACCCUUUUAAACUAUGCCCCUGCUGCUAAACAAUCUCAUCUUACUUGUAGUCUUUGGUAUGAGGAUACAGCAGGAAAAAUGGAUUCUACAGAUGGUAAAAACAUAGGAUUUGUUAAAAGACAGGAAUUGAUUAGUGAAAGUAAGGAAAUAGAAAUGAUUGGUCAUCUUCACGGUGACAUUUUUAACCAAGAUAAAUUUUUAAUUAAUGGUGUUGAAAUUAGUGUUAAAUUGGUUCGAUCAAGAGAGAGUUUUAAUUUAAUUGUUGGGUCAAACGAUGUAAAGUUUAAAGUUUGCAUUACGGACGCAAGUCUUAUUGUUCGACGAGCACGAAUUAAUCCAAGUGUAUUACUCGCACAUCAAAAAGUUUUAGCUUCUACCACUGCUAAAUAUCCUAUUACUCGAGCUGAAGUAAAAGUUUUAACAAUUCCUUCGGGUGUUCAAGGAAAAACUCUUGAUAAUAUAUUUUUAGGACAGGUACCGAAAAGAUGUAUAAUUGGAUUUGUGAACAAUUCUGCAUUUAAUGGUUCCCUUACUAAAAAUCCAUUUAACUUUGAAAACUAUGGUAUUAAUUAUUUCAGCUUAUAUAUUGAUGGUCAACAAAUACCUUCAAAAGCUUUGCAACCAUCUUUUAAUAAUAGCAUAUUUACAUCAGCAUAUCAUACUCUAUUCUCGGGAACUGGUAUUCACUUUCUUAAUGAAGGAAAUGGAAUCUCUUGUGAACAGUAUGGCAAAGGUUACUGUCUAUUAGCAUUUGACUUAACUCCUGAUUUAUCAGCUAACUCAUCAACUCAUUGGAAUCUCAUAAAGCAUGGUAGUGUAAGAAUAGAAGUACGAUUUGAAUCCUCAUUAAUACAAACAAUUAACUGUAUAGUUUAUGCUGAGUUUGAUAAUAUUAUUGAGAUAGAUAAAAACAGAAAUGUUACUGUAGACUAUAGUAGUUAA